AUGUUUAAAAUAUGCCUGAUUUGCGGAGACAGAGCGCUAAGCAAUAAUUUCGGUGCCCUUAGCUGUGAGUCCUGUAAAGCUUUUUAUCGACGAAACGCCGGCAAACUUGAUGAGUGCAAGAAAUGUCCGUUUAAUAACAAAUGUGUUAUCAAUAAAAAUACGCGAAGAUUUUGCCGCAAGUGUCGGCUCCGGAAGUGUUAUUCCGUAGGAAUGAAACAAGAAUUCAUUGUGAAUAAUGAUAACAAACACAAUAGAAAGGAUAUAAUUGAAGAAAACACCAAAACAAAUGAAAAAUAUGACCAAAAAAGUGUUACUCCGAGUCCAAUGUCCGCAUCCGAUAGUUUACUUGAAGUGCUUGAAACAGACGACACCAACACUACUCAGCCCAUCACUGAUAUCAUUCAAUACAACCAAGAUUUCAUGAAUCAACUUAUUAGUAACUAUGAUAAUAAGAAUGAUGACAAUGACCAGGAUGAAUUGGGCAUUUUUACCGCCACAUACCGCAAGUCAGUGGAGCUGGAAGUGGCUGUACUGCCGAUAUGCCGGGCAAUUAGUAACCAUCAUAGCCUAACUGAGCCGGAAUGGAGUUACCUCAUGGAACUGUUCGCCCAAACAGUUCCCCGAAGAUAUACAUACGAGAGGCCAAACAAACUGGUGGUCAACACCAUUGAAGAAGUGGCCAAUAUAUUGCUCCAGAAGGUCGAGAUGUAUAUCGGCCAAGUUGUUAGUGCGGCCAAGUGUUUGCGCACAUUUACGUGCCUGUGCGAGAAUGACCAGUUGGCCUUGGUCAAAUACGGUGGCAUUCAGACUCUGUAUAUGCUUAUUUGCAAUUCCUAUGAUUACGCAAAUGAGUAUUGGACUGUUAAUAUGGUAUUUGGCAACGAAUGGGAUUCCGAUCCGUAUAUUAUUGAUCUGUUGAUGGUUAUAAUACUUUUCGACCCGGAUCGACCUAACCUUAUUCAAAGAGAACGUGUUAAAGUUCAACAACAGUUAUACAUGUAUUUACUUCAACGAUAUCUACAAAUCCGAUACAAAGCUUCGGAAUGCGAAACAAAGACUAAAUUUAUGAAAAUCUUAAAUUUUUUAGAAGAUGUGAAGAUAUUAUACGAAAUAAAUAAACAAAUCAAUAGUGAGGAUUUCUGGUUGCCCAAAAUGUCUAUACUGUUGAGCACUGAAGUGAUUGAGUCCUCUUAUGAUUCGCUCUUUACUUGCGAUGAGACACAUCUCUCCGUCGGAAUGGCUUUCAAGAAAGCCCUCGGGAAUUGGCGCACAACUGGAACUGUUGUGAAACUCUUUCCAGACGUAUCAACUCAUGAAACUCAAGAAAUGGCAGAAUCGGUAAAGAUUUGCAGCAUUUGUAAGAAUGAAAACAAUGUGAAUGAUAUGUUGAUGGCGUGUGACUGUCGCGGAACCACUGGUUAUACACACUUUCAAUGUCUUAAGCAAUGGAUGGAAACCUCGGGAAGGGUUGUGUGUAAUGUCUGUCGCGGCGAAUAUCGAGGCAUUGAGUCUGAGAGACACCCGAAAGGACUGUUGGCUUAUAUGUCUGAACACAAGUUGUUUAUUGGUUUGCGUUGUGUUUGUUAUGGCUUUCACUCGUACUUAUCGUACGUAUGUUUGGAUCACUCGAUCCGACGCAUUGAUGACAUCGGAUAUAACACCGGAUCUCAAGUGCUGUCACUUUUGGGUCUAUUCUUCGCUUUGGAUGUCUGUCUCACUCUCGGAGUCGACGUUUUGAAUGGCUUUAGAAAUUAUUACGUUUGGAGAGAAACUCAUUUCAAUAUCAAAGUUAUGAGAAAGUAUUGA